AUGCCGGCCGCGGAGGCGCAAUCGCCAUGGGCGCCGGGGGACAGGCGGCCGCACUUCUUCAAGGUGCUUGUAGGCGACUACGAGAAGCGCCUGAGAAUCCCACCAAACUUCUGCAAGCACAUCCCCUGGGAGGCGUCGAGAAAGGCCAAGGGCCUGAAGGAGGCGUCCAUGGCGGCGACCCUGGAGGGGCCCGGCGGCCGGACGUGGCGGGUCGUCAUCCGCCGGACAGCCGAGGGCACCUUCUUCACCUCGGGGUGGCCCCAGUUCGUGCAGGACCAGGCGCUGCGGGCGCUGGAGUUCCUCGUCUUCCGGCACGACGGCGGCACGCGCUUCGCCGCGAUGGUGUUCGACAAGUCAGCCUGCGAGCGGGAGGACCUGCUGCUCGCCGGCGAGGGCCGGCGGAGCAAGAAACGAGGCCGGCCGGAGAAGGCCUCGCAGGCCAGGAAUGAUUCGGGUGGCAGGGAGCUGGUCCCUUACCGUGCGCCGAGCGGCCAGCAGCCGCAAGUCCCGUGCUCCAAUUGGACGCCGGAACUCGACCAAUCAACUGGAUCAGCUGGCCAGUGCAACACGGUGAAGACCGAAGCGGAUGCCAACGGGCUCCCGCUGUGCUUGAUCGCCACGCCACCGUCGUCGCAGCUGUCGCCGGCUCCGGCCAAGAACAACGGGUGCCCGGUGAAGACACGGAGCAUCCAGGAUGACCUCGCCGCUGCCGACAUCCCCCCGUCGGUCCGGCGCUACAACGGGUACGUCUCCCGGCGGCGCCCCGUCGCGAGCGCCGAGCGGCAGCGCGCCAUGGAGCUCGCGAACGCGUUCCGGUCGUCGCUCCCGUUCUGCGUCAUCCGGAUGAGCACCAUGCACGUCUACUACUCCUUCAUGAUGAGGUUCCCGACGGGGUUCUCGCGGCAGCACCUGCCGCGGGAGAGGACGGAGGUGACGCUCCGGGACCCCGACGGCAAGGCGUGGUCGGCGCUCUACAUCCCCAACACGAGGGACCGGCUGUCGCGCGGCUGGUGCGCGUUCGCGCGCGGCAACUGCCUCGAGGAAGGGGACUGCUGCGUCUUCGAGCUCGCCGGCGCCGCCGAGUUCCGCGUCCACAUAUUCCGGGUGGUCGAGCCGGCCGUGCCGGCGGUCAGGCUCCGAAUAGCUUGA